AUGCGGUGGUGGCGGGUGAUGCUAGUUUUGCUGCUGUGCGCUGUGUCCGGUUGUCGGUCAGGCCUGAGCGAGGCCGGUGUCGGCAUCGUCGGGUACCAGUGUUCCGAAAGCGGCACCUGUGCGGAUCCAAACUCAGAAUGUCGAUUUAACCGUUGCCAUUGCAAGCGAGGAUUCGACGUGACGUUUUCGCAGUACGGUUGCGUAAAACGAAAGAAGCUUCUGGAAAGCUGUACUAAAAGUGGUCAGUGCAUUAGUCCAUUUUCAAUGUGUGAUGGAAGCAAGUGUGUUUGUCAAAAGGGGUUCAAGGAGAAGAACGGCGCUUGUGUGCCUCGCAAGUAUUCGUGUAUGUCAGAGACACAACCGCUUAAAGGCGAAGACGGUUCUGUCAGCGUCUGUCGAUUGGUCAACGGCGAGGACACUUGUCCAACAGGCAGCUAUUGUGUCUCGUUCAGUGAGCGACACGACGUCGCUCAGUGUCACGAGACCAUGGUACAAUACGGCAUCUGUUGUCCGACUCCGGAGGCUAACGUAAUGCCCAAUCCAAAAUGCCCGGUUGGCGACACUUUCGUCAACUUCACCGAGUGCCAAAACUUCGAGCUGUACAGAUUUCAUUACGACCCACAUGUGCAUUCGAACGCUAAGGUGUGCUGCGUCCGCGCGUGCCCCUUCAACUUCGUCUACGUGGAGGGUGAAUGCUAUCCGAUCAGAUUCCUUCCCGGGGAACCGUGUACCGUUGACGAACAGUGCAACUGCGGAUAUUGCAAAGAUGGUGUAUGUGCCUGUAAAAACAAAUACCUCGAACUGUACGGAAAGUGUUACGGUAAGGAGUCACUCUCUUCCUUUACAGACCUCAACCGUCCGUCAUUGAUUUCUGUAGAAAAAAGAUGUCUGUUCAGCGACCAUCCAGUUCAAGACGAAAAACGGUGCUCCAGGGAAGCACCUGAGUGCCCGGAACACCAUAUCUGCAUCCAGGAACUAAAUCUGUGCUGCAUGCCGUCGCCAGUAUUCGGUGCGAGAUAA